AAGUUGGAGAAUAUAUGGUGUCAUAUUGAGUGGUAGUCAGUUAAUGUUCUUUAAAGAUGAAACAGGAUUUAAUGCACAAAUGAAAAAGUUAAAGAAUUCAGAAAAGGAAUCUGCAAAAUUACCUGUUUUAAAACCAGAUGUAAUACUUAUGACUGCGGAUUCUGUGGCAGUAUAUGAUAAGAAUUAUGAGAAAUAUAAAAAUGUCUUUCGUUUGGUAUGUCCAAAAGGUCACCAAUAUUUAUUUCAAGCUGAAAAUGAAGCAGAAAUGAAUGAUUGGAUAUCAAAGAUUAAUUAUGCGGCUACAUUUAAAACGGCUGGAUUAAAAAUGAGAAAUCUUCGAAAUCCUUAUGUUGGACAACAGAGACGAGGUACUAGUAGUAGUGGAUUGAGAUUAGGGAUUGGAAUGUUCGGAUACAGUCAUGAUGCUGCUGCAAAAGAAUCUCAAG